GGCUAGCGAGGUGGUCGUGUCAGCACUGCUAACAUAGCUGACUGGCUCGCAUUGCGGAUACAACACAACAGAACCUCCUGCGACAAACAGGUCUUGCAUGAGGUGGUCAUCUUUCCAGAGUUACCAUGGCGAGUCCAGAUGAUCUGAAGUUCCAAGAGUUUGAGGAGGCCACUGACCUGCUGUUAGCAGACCCUGGGGCCUCCACCCUCAGUAUGUCUGGCUCCAGCAGUACGGCCCCGGCCGGUGUCACUGGGGACAUCAAACUGGACAUGUCCGAUGAUGAGGGACAGGAGGAGAGUUCAGAGCUCCUAAGAGGGGAGAAACAAACUAGCGGUUUCUGGACCUUUGAGUACUACCAGUCAUUCUUCAAUGUGGAUACAAUGCAGGUGCUGGACAGGGUCAAGGGGUCGGUGAUGCCUUUACCAGGGCGGAACUUCAUCAAACAUACCCUCCAGUCGAGUCCGGAUUUAUAUGGUCCCUUCUGGAUCUGCGUGACGCUGGUGUUCUCUCUGGCCAUCAGUGGAAACCUGUCCACCUUCCUGAACUCUCUGGGGAGCCCCCAGUACCACUACAGACCCCAGUUCCACAGAGUGACAAUAGCUGCAGUAGUGAUCUUCCUGUAUGCCUGGCUGGUGCCCCUGGGUGUAUGGGGUUUCCUGACCUGGAGGCAGAGGGAGGAGAGGCAGCAGAGUGGUUACUCCUUCCUGGAGACAGUGUGUAUCUACGGCUACUCCCUCUUCAUCUACAUCCCCACCUCAGUGUUGUGGAUCUUACCAUUCGAAUGGCUCCGAUGGCUCCUCAUCCUGGUCGCCAUGGUGAUCUCUGGGUCUGUCCUGGUGCUCACCUUCUGGCCUGUUGUCCGCGAUGACACCAAGGUGAUGGCUUUUGCCACCGUGGCAACAAUCGUCGUUCUCCAUGCGCUGCUAUCAAUUGGCUGCAAGAUGUAUUUCUUCCAGACAGCGACUCGCACACCAGUUCCUACACUCGCACCCAACCACACAGUAGCAAUAUUGACCAACAAGACCCACUGACCAAGAGGAGCAUGAGGGAGGGAGAUGUGUUACAAUGUUUGAGACCACUGGGGAAUCUGAAAGGACUAGAUAAAAGGUUUAGGUUUUUGUUACCUACUCUGUGAGCAUUGGAAGAGUAGCUAGCUGGCUGACCGCAAAACAGAUGAUAGUCAAUGGCGAAAUCGCUAACUACGAUAAGAGUCGAGGGAAACGUUGGAUGAAAUCAGUUUAUGGCACCUGUGUGGAUGUUUUUUUUCAGCUCAGUGGGUCACACAUGAUCCAGUCCUUUCAGAUCAGAGAAGGGGACGUAGCUCCUGCAUACUCCGAUGCUCUAACCAAUAAUAAGGAUACAGAGGACUGACAAGUGGUCAAAGGUACCCAUAACGUUGUGGAGGUUCUGGAUGUGUGAGCCCUACUCUAGUACAUUAUGGACUUAACUGGAUCAGCAGCCCAUUAAAAGUACUGUGUAAUUGACUACAAAUGUUAUUACAAAGAAGGGACAAGGAUCGAGGUCAAUGAGUAAACAAAUUAUGGGUUAUGAGGAUUGCAUUGGGGGGAAAUGUUUUGCUUCUGCUGCAGAAAUGAUUACGCACUUGUAUAUUGUAAUAAAUCAAUAUUUUUCAUGUCAUGGAGAAGGUGGGUGCACCUCAAUAGUCGGGAGACUUCCUCUUCCUCUCAUUUUAUCUGCACUAAAAAACAUCGGAAAGGAGGAAGCAUAUGAUAUCUGUUCUAACCAGCUCAGUUCUGUAAGUGCAGAUGGAGACAAGGAAAGGAAUUAUUUUUAGACUUGAAAUCCUCAGCUGCAGUCUGAUCUUGAUGAACCUAUUGAAGGGAAAUGCUGUAUGAAUGUUUAAUGUACUAAUACAGGGGUGGCCAACCUUAUCCAUAAAGGUGCAUGCUUUUGUUCCAGCCAAGCAAAAACACCUGAUUCUACAAUCAGACGAGUUGGAUCAACAGGUAUGUUACAGCUUGGCUGGAACCAAGGCCUACUACACCCACGCCAGCCCUCCGUGGGUGAGGUUGUACACCUCAGAUGGAAAAGGGUUCUAGAACUCAAACCACUCCUGACCUGGAAUGUGUAGUACUGUGCUGACUAAUGUAUCCACACAACUUUUUCUUUUUGUAGAUAGACUUGUAAAUUAAGGAAAGGGUUUGUCAGUGUAUUUCAUUAUUUAUUAUUUGUUCAGACUUCUGGGUUUGUGUGAUUAAACUCAUUCCAGUCAA